ACGGUCAACUGCCAGGCAUCAGUAUCACUCCCAACUCUCAUUCCCCAGCUGGUCCACAAGCUCGCACCAUCCACCACGAAUGUCGUCUCCACCAUCAGCAACCGCCAUUCCUCUUCGUCCAUGGCACCAAUUCGCGGACUCUGCAGCUUUAAGCCUCCCUAUCUCCUUAUCAGACGCUACCUAUCGGAUCAACCAUAACAUUAGGUACUUCGUCGGGAAUUACGUCGUUCUCUUGUUCUUCAUCCUUCUUGUCAGCCUCAUCUCCCGACCCCUCACUCUCAUCUUCUUCCUUGCCAUAUCCGCUUCAUGGAUCUACCUCUAUCUGUCCCGAUCUGAGCCUCUAGAGCUAUUCGGCUUCGACAUCGAUGACCGCAUCAUCUUAGGGUUUCUCUGUUUGAUCUCUCUGAUCGCAAUGUUCGCGUCCAGAGUUUGGAGUAAUGUGUUCAUCUCGGCGGCCAUCGGAGUUGUUGUAGCUUGUGUGCACGCCUCCUUGAGGGCUCCAGAGGAUCAAGAGGCUUCACCUUACGAAGGACUGAUUGAUGUCUUGGAUAGCCCUAGAGGUGAUUAUGCUAGGGUAUGAGCUUCCUUGCUUUGGGUUAAUGCUUAGUAAACCCGAAUUGAACUGGCUUCUGGAAUAGUCAAAUGGACUGUUUGGUAAAUGGUUUCAAUCUCGGAUAGCUUUAGGCAUUUCUAUGUAGUGAAAAUGGCAGUGUUUCACAUAUCUCAAUUGCAAAUGUUCACAACUCCAAUAUUGAAUCAAUGCUGAUUUUACCUAAUUUCUGAAAUGUAUUUGCUAAAUCACAUCUUCAUCUUUUUGGGCUUUAUAGGUUUAUUUGAUAUUUCAAAGUCCCACCACCCACUACCUCUUCCCUUCAUUCAUCAUCUAUGUGAUGCUACACUGUUUGCCUUGCCUGGUUUCAUUUUUGUUUUCCCCAGUAAUAUCAGAAGUGCUAAAUGCUAAUCAUGCUAUGUCUAGCUGUUCACCCUCUAAAUUUGGCGGAAUUCUUAUAUACUACGUACUUUAUUCUGAUCAAGAAGAUUAAUACAAUUAGAUGCAAUCAUGUACUGCUAUCUUUUUGUUUCAUUUUGUUUGAAACACUUUCUGUACUUGUCCCUCCCAAGUUGUGAUUACUUCCCUAAUUUGAAUGCAUUCCACUUUGU